AUGCUGAGCGCUUCGAUUUGGGCUGGUGCAAACCCCGUCGUUGCCGCAGCCAUCGCCAAGUCUUCGUCGGAAGGGUGGAUCGCUCCGGCCGGGGGCGGUUGCGUCACGGACACGGCUCCUCCGCCAUCACAGACCUAUUGGAACGGUGCAGGUUCGUCUUCGUCGUCGACCGCAGCUGCCGCCAACAACAGCAAAUGCUCAUGGGACCAGAACCCGGUUUCGAUGCCGCCGCCGUCUUCGCAUAGCUGGCAACAACAGCAUCACAAACAGGGUAACAGCGGUAACAAUAGUAAUAUGGUGGGCAGUUCGUCGUCGUCGUCUUCGUCGCCGUCAUGGAACUCGGCGACGCCAUCAUCCGUCGUCUCUUCUUGGACCAAUACCCCGAUGCAUCAGUGGAACGCUGUGAACAAUCAUAGUGCCAAUAGCUGGUCGGACGUUGCGCGGAAGAACGUGCCACAGCAUCAGCAACAGCAGCACAACAUGUCGUCAAUGGCGAUGUCGAUCGGUGCCAGUGCUGGUGGCGGUGGUGGUGGUAAUUCGUCGUCAUCGUCGUCGUCGUCGUGCAGGACUAAAAGCCAAGGCGGUAGCACUUACGAUGUCGCCACAAAUAGUUGGGGUAAACCAGUUGACCAAGGCACGCCGUGGGACGUGGGCGUCGGUGUUAUCGAUACUACUACGGGUACGAAGACCAGUGAAUGGUCGAAUGUCGCCGCUGCUGUAACCAACAGCGGCUGGAGUCCUGCCGCGGCCGCAGCUGUCCCAGUGGUGAAAGACCACGUUCCUCAUGCCAGCAACGGCUCCGUCGGUGGCAGUAGUAAUGGUAGCGGAGGAAGUAACGGUGGCUACUGGAAGUCAACGUCUGAUCGCGAUCGUUGGACCGGCUCGGUAAUGGCCGCCGCCGUCAGUUCGUCCGGUUGGGAUGACCCGAAUAUG